AUGUACGCCAGCUCCAGGAUGCCUCAGAGAGAGAAAAAUAUCAAUUUAUUUUCUGUUCUUUACCUUUCUAGGCAAAAUCCAUGUUUGGUGACCAGAGCUGUAUAUAUUGACAUUAUCUUGGUGUUGACAUACUGCCUCGACAAAGCCACAAAGGGCAACCAGCCAGUUCUGGAGAGUCUUGGCUUCUGGGAGGAAGUCAGACGGAUCAUCUCGGGAUCAGAGCUAGUGACAGGAUUCCCUUGUACCUUCAAGGUGCCAGGCCUGCCACAGUAUCUCCAGAGCCUCACCAAAUUAGCCCUCAGUGCAAUGUGGGUAGUGCUGGACAAGACCAAAGAGCAAACAGGAGGUGUUCCUGUCACCUUCUCGCAGCUGCUAGAGUCUUCCUUUCCUGAAGUUCGCUUGCUGACAUUGGAAUCCCUGUUGGAAAAGUCCUCAUCAGUAGCCUCUGGACCAGGAGAAAAGGGACUGCCAUCCUUGCUGUGCAGCAUGGGAGAGAAGUUCCUGCUGUUGGCAAUGAACGAGACCCACCCAGAAUGCUUCUGUAAGAUACUGAAGAUUCUCCACUGCAUGGAGCUCAGUGAGUGGCUUCCCCAGACAGAGCGCUGUGUCCACCUAACCCCAAAGGAGUUCUUGACCUGGACAAUGGAUAUUGCUUCCAACGAGAGAUCUGAAAUACAGAGUGUGGCUCUGAGACUUGCCUCCAAAGUGAUUGCCUACCACUUGCAGACAUGUGAGGAGAGCAGGAACUCGAACUCGAUGGCCCCGGAGCUGAAGCAGUGGGUCCAGCUGGUCGUCUUGUCCUGUGGAGACCGCCUCCCCACAGCGUCAAGGCUGGCCGCUGCCGGGGUCCUCACCAGCACGGCACCACUUUUCCUCACUAACCCCCGUCCCAUCCUUGAGUUGCAGGACACACUUGCUCUCUGGAGGUGUGUCCUCACCCUCCUGCAGAGUGAAGAACAGGCUAUCAGAGAUGCAGCCACAGAGACCGUGACGACAGCCAUGUCACAAGAAAACACCUGCCAGUCAACAGAAUUUGCCUUCUGCCAGGUGGAUGCCUCCAUAGCUCUCUCCUUGGCCUUGGCUGUCCUGUGUGACCUGCUUCAGCAGUGGGACCAGCUGGUUCCUGGACUUCCCAUCCUGCUGGGAUGGCUAUUAGGAGAGGGUGAUGACCUUGUGAGCUGUGUGGAGAGCACACACCAGGAGGAAGAAGACUACCUGUUUGAAAAAGCAGAAGUCAACUUUUGGGCCGAGACCCUAACUUUUGUGAAAUACCUCUGCAGACACCUCUUCCAUCUUUGCAAGUCUAGGUGGCCUCCCUCUAGCUCUGAGAGGCUAUGUCACCUGCAGAGGACAGUGUCAGAGCAGCGCCACCACCUCUCUCAGCUCUUCAGAGAACUUCCACCCACUGCUGAGUUUUUGAAGACAGUGGAGUUCACCAGACUGCGCAUUCAGGAAGAAAGGACAUUAGCUGGCCUGAGGCUGCUGGCCUUUCUGGAAGGAAAGGAAGGAGAAGCCCCCUUGUGCUCAGAGCCACAAUCCUUCCUGCAGAAGCCAGUCAGCUAACUCCUAAGAACAGAAGCAGCUUUUGGCUCUGGGUACAUUGGUGCUCACCCAGCCAUUCUGGAGGCAGAGGCAGGAGGAUUGCAAGUUUGAAGCCAGCCUCAGCAAUUUAGC